UGACGUCUGUAAAUUCUGUAUGAGCCAAAUAAAACGACUCCGUCCAAACAAGGUUCUAACUUUUUGUUACGCGUUCUUUGAAUUUUCUCAUCAAAAUUCCUUACUUUUUCCUUCAAUUUCCUCUCCAAGAACCCUAAUUUCCCAUAAGGGGCGAGCUUUCUUCCUCUUUUGGAUGCUCGCCUUCAAUCAUGCACCAAUUCAACCCUAAACCCAUAAGUUCUUACCUUCUCCUCUUCACCCUCUUCGCCCUCUUCGUCCUCUCCUCCUUCCCCACCGUCCGAUCCGAGUACCAAUCCUCCGUCCUUCGGUUUCCCUCUGAUGACGUCGACGAUAAUGAGGAUGUCUGUGGCGUCUUCUCGACGUCGGAUCCCCCUUCUUCUUGCCCCGUGAAAUGCUUCCGACCCGACCCGGUUUGCGGCGUCGAUGGCGUCACCUACUGGUGUGGGUGCGCGGACGCGCGGUGUGCGAACACCAAAGUUGCCAAAUUGAGUUUCUGUGAGGUAGGUAAUGGCGGUUCUGCCCCUCUCUCUGCUCAGGCUCUCCUUUUGGUGCACAUUGUCUGGCUCAUCGUCCUCGGAUUUUCCGUCUUGUUCGGCGUUUUCUGAUUGAUUUUUUUUUCUUCUUGGGGUAUUAUUGUAAUUCAUUGUAAUUCUAUUUCUUUCCCAAUUUUUCUUGGGGGAUUUCUUUGUUGUUGGUCAUUCUUUAUGAGAGAACUGGCAUAUUUUGCCCCAUUGUAUAUGAAGGAAGAGCUUUUUACUGCUUUUCUUUUUUUCUUUUUUUUUUCUCUUUGAAAUGUUAAUGUUUGUUAAAUAUAUUUUAUUUUCUUA